AGCGCGGGGCUGGAAGUUCCCCGGGUAAGUUGUUCCGAUGGUAAUAACUUUGUAAAGAAAAGAGAUAGCAAGACAUGUGAAAUGCGUCGUUAAAACAUCAGAUGAUUCGCCACGUCGGCAACCAUUUUAGUUACUCCAGCGACGGCGGUUGAGUGGCUGUAUGCACGUUGCUGUCAAAACAUCACGAUGCGAAACUACAAGCGCAAGACAGAGAGAGGUAAAACCUCCGAGACAUUAUUGCGUCGAGCUGCAGAUGCUGUCAUCAAGGAUGGAAAACCUGUUAAAACUGUAGCAAGAGAAUUUGAAAUUUGCCACAUGACGUUACAUCGAUUUGUUGUAAAGUUGAAAGCUGGCAAGAUUCCUACCAUAGGUUAUAAACCCAGGCUAGUGUUUACCUCAGAACAGGAAAAAGAGUUAGCAAACUAUAUUUUAAAAUGCUCCUCAAUUUAUUUUGGUCUUCUGCCUGGAGAAGUGCGAAAACUCGCAUAUGAAUGUGCAGUAAAAUUUUCUUUAGAAAACAUUCCCCCGUCAUGGCACAAGAAUCGAGAAACUGGCGCAGAUUGGUUCACUGGAUUUAUAAAGAGGAACCCUCUUUUAUCAAUAAGAACCCCCGAAGCGACUAGUGUAGGACGUGCAUCUGCAUUUAACAGACAUAAUGUAAACGAAUUUUUCUCGAAGCUUAGUGAAAUUCUGCUGAAAUAUAAAUUGACACCAUCAAGAAUCUGGAACCUGGACGAGACUGGAGUAUCGACCGUUUUAAAACCAAAGAAGAUAGUGGCUCAAAAAGGAACAAAGCAGAUCAAGAUUUUGCUCCAUCUUUUGUGACAGAUCGGCCUUUGUCAAAUAAAGAGCCUUCUCAGUCUUCUACCAACUCAACUUUGGCAGAAUAUGACCAACCAGGACCAUCCAAUAUGAAAACUCUAGCUGCAAAUCAAUCUGAGGUAACUCAGAAUGAUUUGCAGCUAGAGACUUCAACACUGACCACUAAUCAAGAUCUUCAAUUAACGCCAGUUAGGAAAAAUUGUGUGUUUAACCCUGAAAUUGUAAAGCCUUUGCCUAAAGCACCACCAAGAUUAGCCGGUUUUCGUAAACGUCGUUUACGAAAGACGACUAUUUUAACAGACACCUAACUGUGAGUCAGACGAAGACAUAAGUGAUAAAUAAGAUUACUAAUGAAUAAAAAUGGAGAUUGCCAAAGUUAAUUACAACUGAUUAAAAUAAGACUGAUGAUUAAAAUUAGUGUUAAUUAAAAUUUAUCUCAAUAGAAAAGUUGUCUAGAGGUUACCACUUAAACUUUGUUGAUUUUGAAAGUAUAUAUAGUUAUAUGUACCAGUAACAUUUAGUUUUUUUAGUAUAGUUUUGAAUAUAAUAAACUUAAGAUUAAUAUAUUUAU